AAUGUCUCUCCGUUUCUUAUGCAUCCACUCCUUCUUCUUCCCAUAUUCUAUUCAUAACUCAUUAUUCAUAUCCAUCUUCCACCCAUCCACUUUCUUCACCUUCCAUUUCAGAUCUCUCAAUUCCUUCUUUUUUUGACCGGUUUGCUCAAUGGUUACUUUUGGAUGCGUAUCAGUUUGAUCUUUUUGUUUUUUCCUCUGUAAGAAAGCAGUUUAAUCUCAAGGUAUUUAUUGGGUUCUUGUUUGAAUUGUUUUUCCAUCGUUUUAUGUUACAAAUCUUCGGACUUUUUAGAUUGUAGUCUCUGAUUUUCCGUGUAUACAGUUGGGUUGCUUUGCUGUUUUCAUUUUCCUCCUGACCAACAAUCAAAAAGGUCCUCAAUAUCAAGUUAACCUGCUGUGAUGUGCUGUUGUGUAUCGUGACAUUUAAUUUGCCUUUUCGUUAAUUUUUUUUUAUUAAUCUGAGUAAAAUGUUACUGAGUGUUUUCAUGGUUAUAAAUCAUUUGAGAAUUAAGAUCUUCAUCUUGAUUUUUGCACCCAUGUGGGCUAAAUAUUCAGUUUUGAUUACACAUCUUGUUUAGGUAAUUCUCUGUUGCCUCAAAUUUUAAUUGACAAUCAUCAUAUUUGUUUGGGACGUGUGUAGCUUCCAUUUCAAUUAGAAUCUUGGCCUGGCCUUGUGUUGGAAUAGAAUCAGGUGUGCUAAUUUCUAAUUUCCUAUGCCGUAAUACUUACCGAAAAAAAAAAAGUGGAUAAAAAAGCCUAUAUCAACUGAUUUUUCUGGGUGAUUAAGCAUAUCAUUGUAUAGUUUUUAUCAUUUUUUUUUUCUUUUUUAAAAUUGGUUAUACAUCUAAUGUUACUCAUUUAUAUCAGAAAACUUGCACAAAUAUUGGUUUUGUAAAUGAAUGACUACCCUAGGCCACCAGUUCAGGGAUUUUGUCUUUGGAUCCCCAGAGACCAAGGGAUGAAUUGCUUUUAUUUGUGAUUUAUGGUCAAUAUAUCAUCUUUAACUCUAAAAUUUUGGUUGAAAGUCAGAAUAUGCUUGCAAGGAUUGUUAGCAUUCUUAUGUAUACUAAAUAUUGGAAAGUCAAGAUAUAUAUAGUUAACAUUUGACCUUGCUUCUAAAAAACUUCAUUUAGGUACUAUUCUGCCUGACUCUUUUUGACUUCUCAUCUCCUUAAAAGCAGAAGCUCUUCGAAUUAGCUUUUGUAGAAGCUUUGUCAAGGAUAUUCUUCAUCAUAAUAAAAUCAACUUUUAUUUUCCAGAGCUUCUUUAAUUUGUGUUUGGCCAAACUAAUCCUUUUAAGGAGAAGAGAAGCAGCCCAAAAAAAGCUGGGCCAAAUACAACCUUUCUUUUUCCUUUCUACAAAAAAUAUUUUUUGAUGUUUACGGAACUUGCAAAUAACUUCUUUUGAACUUUUGUUUCUCAUUUUCUUGUAAUAAGUAUAUAGUUAAUUUUAUAAACUGAUUCCUCCCAUAUGUUCUACCUGAAAUUUCCUGUGUACUUAUCACAAUGUUUUGUGUAGAUGUCACUGAAAAUUAAUAUUCAUUUUGUUAUCUUCAAAUAUUUGAUUUUACCAUAUUGAACUAAAUACCGCACAACUUUAUAGUUAGCCUAUGUUUUUACCAAAUAUCAGUUUAUAAAAUAUUUGCAACUCAACCCUGAGAAGGAACUUGUCUGUUUUCAUCUUUUUGUUUGAACUUGCAGGUGCAUUGGUAUAUUGAUUAUUAUUAUUAUUAUUAUUAUUACUAUUACUAAAUUGACAACUAGGAGACGAGAAAAUUAUUACCAAGAAUUGUUGCAGCCUGCCUCUCAAAUCAGCUGAAAUAAGAAUUUUUAUAGAAAAACUAAUGAAGUACUUCUACAGAGCAUCAACUGCCCUACCCUUCCAAGCCAUAUAGUUCAAAUUAUUGUGCUGACAUGUUUUUGGUGCUGUAAUAGUUGAUGUUAGCUUUUCAUAACUUAAAAUUGAUGCCGAGUUUUUUCCCUUUCCCCCUCCCUGUAGAUUAUAAUUGGCAGCUUCAAUAAUAUUCUUUUAAAGCUACAUAGUUGAGUUGGACAAUCACAUUUCCUGGGAUAAUGUUGGGGAGCAACAGUGGGAAUCGCUUUCUUCCUGUUUUCCUGGAUGAGACUCAAUUUCGGCCACAAACUAAUGGGUCAAAUCAAUUGCAGUUGUUUGGAAAUUUUUUACCUCAUCACUGAAUGAUGAACAUACAAUAUCUCUUGCAGUACAAGCUGGAUGCGGUGUUGAUCCAGUUAAUUACUUUGGAAAUGAGCAUAUCAGCUCCAUGAUUCAUCCUAACAAACGAAGCAGGGAAAUGGAAGAUAUCUCAAAACAGAGGCUUCAAAUUUCCUUAAAUUAUAAUGUCUGUCAAGAUGAUGUUGAUCGAUUAGCAAGUAUUCCGAACCCUAACCCUGUGUCAACAGGAUUGAGGCUUUCAUAUGAUGAUGAUGAGCGUAACUCAUCUGUUACUUCUGCAAGUGGCAGCAUGACUGUCACACCAUCUAUCAUAUUGUCUCUUGGUGACAACAUCAAAACUGAGCUUGAUAGGCAGCAAGAAGAGUUGGAUCAGUAUAUUAAACUUCAGAAGGAACAAUUGUCAAAGGGAGUAAGAGACAUGAAGCAAAAGCACAUGGCUUCUCUCCUUACUUCCAUUGAGAAAGGUAUUAGUAAGAAGCUAAAAGAAAAAGAUGUGGAAAUAGAGAACAUGAACCGUAAAAAUAGGGAGCUGGCGGAAAGAAUAAAGCAAGUGGCUAUUGAAGCACAAAGCUGGCACUACCGAGCAAAGUAUAAUGAGUCAGUUGUCAAUGCAUUAAAAAACAAUCUGCAGCAGGCGAUUUCACUAGGAGUUGAACAAGGGAAGGAAGGGUUUGGAGACAGUGAAGUUGAUGAUACUGCCUCAUAUAUAGAUCCUAAUAACUUCCUGAGCAUUCCGGGUGUGCCUAUAAACUCUAAUUACAAGAACUGCCAAGGUAUGGAGAAUCUGACUUGCAGAGCAUGCAAGGCAAAGGAGGUUUCCAUGUUGUUGAUGCCUUGUAGACACUUGUGCUUGUGUAAGGACUGUGAUGGAUUGAUCAAUGUUUGUCCUGUAUGCCAAUUGAUAAAAACUGGAAGUGUUGAAGUGUAUCUGUCUUAGCUUAAGUAUUUAAAACAAAAACGAAAUAUAAGUCACUGUUUUCCUUGUGUGAUUCGUCUGCUAAAUUUAAGAUAUUCUAAGUACCUGUCACUAAUAAAAAUCGACUACUUUCAAGCAUAUUUCUGUCAAAGUUUCUCGUGUUAAUGAUGCUCCUUUCCAAU